GAAAAUAGACACAUCUCUCUGACAGAAUGCUGGAAAUGCUUGAGUACAGUCAUUACCAGGUUCAAAGUCAUCUUGAGAGCCCGUCCAAGUACCACCUCCAGCAGUCUCAGCGGCAGCAGGUGAAGCAGUACCUCAGCUCCACUCUGGGUGCCAAGCUUGGAGGGCCGAACGGCAGCGGCCCAGCUUGCGCCAGCCAGACCCCGGAGCACGGGAUGCCCCCGGGCCCAGGCACCAGCGCUCCCAACAGCCCCAUGGCCCUCCUGACCUUAAACUCCAACUGCGAGAAGGAGAUGGACGAUGUAAUUGAAGACAUUAUUAGCCUGGAGUCAAGCUAUAAUGAUGACAUCCUUGGCCUUAUGGAUGCCGGUCUUCAGAUGACCAACACGAUUCCGGUGUCUGCUAAUCUCCUGGACAUGUAUAACAACCAUGCCAUUUCUCCACCCGGUGUGGCCAUCAGUAACUCCUGCCCGGCCAGUCUACCUAACGUCAAAAGGGAAUUCUCUGUGGCGCCUGCUGCGGGAAUGAUGCACAUUCUGGACAAACCUGGAUCCUGUGGCAAGUUUGAAAGCUUUCAAAGGCAAGAAGGUUUUCCAGUAGAAGCUGAGGUCAGGGCUCUUGCCAAGGAGAGACAAAAGAAGGAUAACCACAAUUUAAUUGAACGAAGGAGAAGGUUCAACAUCAAUGAUCGCAUCAAAGAACUGGGAACUUUAAUCCCCAAGUCAAAUGAUCCUGACAUGAGAUGGAACAAAGGCACCAUUUUGAAGGCUUCUGUGGACUACAUCCGGAAGCUUCAGCGUGAGCAGCAGCGUGCCAAGGAGCUGGAGACCAGGCAAAAGAGGCUGGAGCAUGCCAAUCGACACCUGAUGCUGCGCAUCCAGGAGCUGGAGAUGCAGGCUCGGGCCCACGGUCUGGCCGUGGUGGCCUCCUCCACCCUCUGCUCCUCUGAGCUGGUGGCGCGGGCCAUCAAACAGGAGCCCGGCCUGGACGACUGCGCCGCGGCCAACCUCUAUGCCACUCAGCCGCACUCCUCCCCUGACCUGUCCCGACCCACCACCCUGGACCUGAACAACGGCACCAUCAGCUACAGCGACAGCCACUGCGACGUGGACGACGACUCUGAGGCCUAUGGCAGUCCACCCAGGGUCUCGGGCAAGCUGGAGGACAUUUUCAUGGACAACGGCCUGUCGUCAGUGACCUCUAGCGAUCCCCUGCUCUCCUCCAUCUCCCCCGGGGCGUCCAACAGCAGUGGCAGUCGCCGUAGCAGCACCAGUAUGGAGGAAAAUGAGAACGGGCACGUGUGUUAG